CAGCUGGUUUAUGCCACAUUUCUGGACGCAGGUGUUUCAAAAAAACAAUUGGAUAUGAAAUUCGACCAGCUUUUUCAAGCCAUUUAUACACGGUUUCGAACGGCCGAAGGGUAUGCGCUAUUCCCGGAUGUGGUGCCUACACUGAAUGAAUUGAAACGACGGGGAUUCCAGAUGGGUGUUAUAAGCAAUUCUGACGAUUGCCUGGUGGAUGUGAUUCAGAGUCUACGGCUGGACCAUUACUUUGAUUUUAUCCUUCCCAGUUGCAUGGCCGGAUUCGAAAAGCCCCAUGGACGCAUCUUUCAAAAGGCAUUGACGCUGGCGUCACCAGGAAUCACUCCAGAAGCUGCACUACACAUAGGCGACGAUCUACAAAAGUAA